UGUGUUAAAUGAUUUCUGGAAAUGUUGGACCAAACCCCGAAUGCUCUUGGGAACUCUGCAAGUGUUGUUACUGCUGACGUUUGCCGAGACGAAGAAACUGUCUUUGUGGAUAGACGAGGCGCAAGUGUCAAACUUUAUCGGUUUGCCCAUGGAAAUCUUUAUCAUCCGGGAUGGUGGUGUGGCCCCUUACCUGUCCGACCCGGACUUUGAUCGGCAUAUUCCGGGGAUUCCUCCUCAGGUGGACACGGUUAACCUUACCUGGGAGGCAGGCGAAGACGUGUUCACUUAUUUCUUCGACGGUUUAAAAUCGUUGGAUCAGAAUGUGCUGUACAACCCCCUGCUGAGUAUCCCAGCCUCCGGUCUCAUUCCAUCCAAAACAACAGUGUUCCAGAUGGCAAUCCCAUGUACAGGCAAUAAAGAGGGCGUUGCCUCUUUAAUACUCGGUUUGCAAAUAUUUGACUAUGAGGGAAGACCUAUCAAGGGGUCACCUAUCAAGUUAAAGCUCAGGAAGCAGUGCAGAGAAUUUGUGACCACUUCACUUUGCCGACAUGAAUGUCAAAACGGAGGCCGCUGUAACCAGUUUGGAGACUGCGAAUGCAAGCAAGGUUUCAAUGGAAAGUCGUGCGAAACCGCCAUGUGUUAUCCCAGUUGCCAGAACAACGGUACCUGCAUUUCUCCCGACUACUGUAUGUGCCCAGAUGGGUUCAGUGGGAAGCGCUGUGAGACAGCGUUGUGUGCAGAACCAUGUCAAAAUGGCGGUCGUUGCAUAGAGGCCGACUUUUGCUGGUGCACCAGUGGGUUUUAUGGCGAAGUCUGCCAAUACAGUCGAUGCCCUAAGCCCUGUGAGAAUAACGGGGUCUGCGUUGCCUUUGAUAAGUGCCACUGCCCGCAAGGUUAUACCGGACAGCAGUGCGAAAAAACUGCUUGCCGGAAACCAUGCGCUAACGGUGUGUGUGUUGACGCGGGUGUGUGUAAGUGUGAUGCCGGUUGGAGAGGACGAUACUGCCAUAAACAAAAGAGGAAUUUUCACCGCCCUCGUAAGCCACGAAGUCAGCACAGUCGCAGAAAGCCGAGACGAAGGCCCAAGAGACCGAAGGCAAAGAAGAAACGAGGCAGAAAGAACCGUAAAGGAGGGCGGAAGAACAAGUCAUUACUCGAAAUAAUUACGGAUUUUGACAAAAGACGGGAUCACAAAAGAAGGAAAGCGAGACAACGAACGAAGCACUGACACUGAAGUAACAAGUUUGUAGAGCCGUGCAGUGUAUUAUGAUCUGGUGGUGAAGCAGGCGCGCCCAGGUGAACGGAGAGCAGAAACGGGUAGACAUUCAGCUGCAUAGGGAUAUGAUGAAGGACAGUCGUGUCACCCAUGACACAUGCUGUCAUAUACAUUUGUAUUCAUUCAUGCUGUUAUUAGGCCUUCGAUUGCAAGGUGGCAGUUUGUCUCUCAUGGUGUGAACUUAAAACGUGAGAUAAUUUCGUGAAUUAACUUUUUUGUGUGACGAUUGUGCUGUGCUGGACAUCUGCGUUUUACCGGCAAGGGGAAAUAACUCUAAGACUUAUCCAGAUGAUAAGAUGACUCGUCUGUGAACAGACGGUUUUAUUGUACGUGGCAAUGCAUUGUUCGACAUUUUGGUGGCAAGCUCCGAGACCUGGACGUGGAAUCAGUGAGGUAUGACAGUGCGAAAUACCUUGUUGCAGUAACACGGAGGUUGUAAAUGGUAUUGAUUAUGUGACUAAAAAAGACAAAUUACCGGCACCAGGUGAACCUCCAUCAAAUCGACUGAUGGUCUGAAAUGCACGUUGAAUGGUUCACCCAGAAAAUCUCAAGCCAUAUGACUGGCUCGUUUAGUCUGUGUAUAUCCAAUGUUCUUGAGUGUAUCAAAAGUUGGUCUAGUUUUGUUCAGAUGGUUGAUAAAUUAUUCAAAAUACCUCACAUUAGAGAUCUUCAACUGAAGUAUUCCAAUGGUCUACUCAUAGACCUUUAUACACAACGGUAUAAACAACAAAUGGGUCAUGUGGAGUGCAUGAAGGAAGACAGUGUAAAUUUUCAAAGUGGUUGAAUUAAAGGGUUCGAGUUAACUUCUCUCCGUCUUUUAGUGCAUUGUCUGAAAAGUUUUGGUUUUGAGUAAAGUUCUAGCGAGAGAACUUGCCAAAUUUUCUAAAAAGUUUCCUAUGGAUGUAUUAUUGUUUGAAUUAAACAUUGAUUGAAAACGAUUGAUAAAUAUUUAUUCACAGGUAUAUGUGAAGGAAAAAAUUCUUACAUACUACCAGUACAUAUUUUUGUUUUGUAAGCAACAUAGAUCUGAACAUAGCAAUGUAAUCACUUCUUUCGCUUUUUAAGAUUAUUCUCUUACUAUACUGGAAUAA